AUGGAUGAUGACCGUCCCCUCUUCAGCACCUUCAAACCCGUCAGCAAGGACAACACGGCCAGCGCCAAGCCAGCACCCAGCACGACCCCGGUCCAGCCCCAGGGAGCAGCGCAGCCCCCGGCACACCACGGCACACACGGCAGGGUCCCGCCGGGCUCCUGGCCAUCCCCACCAAGCUCCUGGCCGUCCCCACCGGGCUGGUCCCUGCUGGAGGGGGACCCACGUCCAGAGCUGGUGGCCCUGCGUGCCCGGACGAAGCUAUGGUUCGAGCAGACGCAAGCCAGGAGGCUGGGGGCCGAGGGCAAGCUCCCAGCCUGGUUCCACGGCUUCAUCAGCCGGAGGGAAACGGAGCAGCUGCUGCAGGAUCAACCCCCGGGCUGCUUCCUGGUCCGCUUCAGCGAGAGCACCGUCGGCUUCGUCCUCUCCUACAGGGGCAGGGAUCGCUGCCGGCACUUUGUCCUGGACCAGCUGCCAGACGGGCGGUACGUGAUCCUGGGGGAACGGAGCGCCCACGCCGAGCUGGCCGACCUGCUGCGGCACUACGCCGCCGCCCCCGUCACGCCGUACCACGAGUUCCUGACGGUGCCGCGGGGACGGGAAGACGAGCCCCAAGGAGGGACGCCGAGCCCAGCCGGCAGCGACGCCGCGCGUUCCCCAUCGAGCAAAGCGCCGGCAAACCUCUCGGCGUACAGCACCGCUCCCAGCGUCCCCCCACCGCUCCCAGCCAAGGCCAGCUCCUUGGCCGCGGCUCAGGGGCCGCCCAGCCCCGCCGGCGGCGGAGCAGCUCCCGAAGGUCCCUACGCUCACGUGCACAAAGAAGCCGUCCCCCCCGAGCCGCCCGCGCCGGCCGACGCCAAGUACCAGCAGCUCAUGUGCUUCCACACCUACGCCGAGCCCCACGAGGGCAUCGCACCCAGCUCCUCCACCUACUACCACGUGGAAGAGCCCAUCCCUUUCUACGCCGUGGGACGGGGCUCCAGCCCCAACGGCGGCCCCGAGGAGAACAUCUACUCCGAGGUGGCCCUGGCCCAGCAGGAUCUGCCCGCUCCGCUCCCCAAGGGGACCCGAGGCGCCUUCUCCACGCUGCCCCCCAAAUCUCGCCCUCACCGCCGGCUCUUCCGCAGCGCGUCCAGCCAGCGGUCUUCCAAGAGGCGGCAGCUCCCGGCAGCUCCCACCGCAGACGGGAAGGAGAGAGGAGCCUCCAGCCCGGCCAUGGAGGGCACGGCCAACCCUCUGCCGGAGCUGGACGAUCCCGUUUACGGCCGGAGGACGAGCGCCGCAAAGCGAGGGGCGGCUGCGGCAGGGCAGGAGGGCCCCGAGAACGUUUACGAGCAGCUUUCUGGAGACCGUCUCUAA